ACGUAGCCACACACUAGCUAGCAGUAUACCACAGUAAUACAGUAUAAUGGCUCCUUCCUCCAUUGCUUCGCUUCUCUUCUUGUGCAUGCUCCUUCUGCUUCCUGCUCAGCAUGGCGCCUCGUCCUCCCAUGCAAGCUACAAGGUAGGGUCCAGCCAAACCUUUUUCAAGACAAGAAGCAAGUCAUCUGGCAACUCAAAGAAGGCGGCUUCCGCGACGCCUACUGCAACCACCUGCUCGUCCAUCGCAACUGGCCUAGGCAACAACAAGCUACCUAUAGUGCACCGGCAGAGCCCAUGCUCGCCGUUGCACGGGCUGCCGUCCCUAACGGCGGCAGAUGUCUUGCGUCGUGACACCUCCCGCAUCCGGCGCCGCUUCGCCUCACAAUCGUCGUCCGUGGUGGCUUCUCUUGCGUCGGCCCUGGCCCCGGCCCCGGCGCCGGCAGCCACCAUAAUCCCCAUAGACGGCUCACCGGACGCGGGCGCACUGGACUACACCGUGAACGUCGGCUAUGGCACGCCGGAGCAGCAGUUCCCGAUGUUCCUGGACACCAUCUUCGGCGUGUCCCUGGUCUUGUGCAAGCCGUGCGCCCCAGGUUCCACCAGCUGUGACCCGGCGUUCGACACAUCGCAGUCCACGACGUUCACCCACGUCCCCUGCGACUCGCCGGACUGUCCUUCGACGGCCAACUGCUCCGCUGGCUCCGUCUGUCCGUUCAACCUCUUCUUCGUCGAGGGCACUUUCUCUCAGGACGUGCUCACGGUGGCGCCGUCCGUGGCCGUCCAAGACUUCACCUUCGUCUGCCUGGACGCAGGCGCUUCUGAUGGUAUGCCAGAGGUCGGGACCCUCGACCUCAGCCGCGACCGGAACUCGCUACCGUCGCGGCUGGCUGGUUCCGCUUCCGCCGCCUUCUCCUACUGCAUGCCACAGUACCCGGACUCCCCAGGCUUCCUCUCCCUCGGCGACGACGCCACUGUCAGAGGAGACAACUGCACCGCGCACGCACCGCUGCUGAGCAGCGACGACCCCGACCUGGCAAACAUGUACUUCAUCGACGUCGUCGGGAUGAGCCUCGGCGACGUGGACCUCCCGAUCCCGUCGGGCACCUUCGGCAACAACGCCAGCACCAUCGUGGAAGCGGGGACCACCUUCACCAUGUUGGCACCGGACGCGUACACGCCGCUGCGCGACGCCUUCCGGCAGGCGAUGGCGCAGUACAACCGCUCAGUGCCGGGGUUCUACGACUUCGACACGUGCUACAACUUCACCGGGCUGCAAGAGCUCACCGUGCCGCUCGUCGAAUUCAAGUUCGGCAAUGGCGACAGCCUGCUCAUCGAUGGGGACCAGAUGUUGUACUACGACAUCCCCAGCGAGGGUCCGUUCACCGUGACUUGCCUUGCCUUCUCUACCUUGGACGUCGACGACGAUGAUGUGUCCGCCGUGAUUGGGGCGUAUUCGCUGGCGACCACAGAAGUGGUGUACGACGUGGCCGGAGGAACGGUUGGCUUCAUCCCAGAGAGCUGCUGAUUUGCGUCGUGUUAGUUAUAUAUCAUAUGGGUUUGGCCCCUAUAAAUAAUUAAAUAAAUUCUAAGGUUCGUAUUAAAUAAAGUAUGUGUUAAGAUUUAGUA